GCAUCGGCCAUCAGUAAAAUCAAAACACGUUUUUGUGUUCGAGUAGAAUUUGUUCAAAAUAUUUUACAUUUUCUACUGAUUUUACGUGUGCCAAUCCCAUCCAGCCAAGAUGACGGCCCGAUCCAAGGGACGAAGGGACCAGAAUAACCGUAUUCGGCGGGCCAAGAACAAGCAGAAAGAAUUGAAGAAACUGAAGAAAACCUUGGGACUAAUCGAUGAAGAUGGAAAGGAUCUGAUGGAGAAGGUCAAGGAAAUUACCGAACAGCAGAAACGACAGGAGGAAGAAGAAAAGAUUAAGGAAGAAGCUAUGCAGGACAUCAUCAAACAGGAAACACAGGAGCUUCGUGAUACGGAAGAUUACAUCGAAAUAAAGCACGAAAAAUCAAACGUAACACAUCGCUACAAUGCUAGAACGAAACGUGAUCAGUUCGGGCAAUAUCCAGUGUGGUAUAACGCCAAAAAGGAACGCAGGAAACAGAUGAUAAAGGAAGGCAAGAUUAAAAAGAAGCGCCGUAUUCCAGGACGUAAAAUGCAUUUCAUCGACGAAACAUCCAACUGGAAAAAUAUCGCUUGAUAGAAGGGCCACUCAUUGAUUGAAGCUAUGUUUUUGGGAUAAGAUACUUCACUUAUAUUUCUGUUGUCGAAGUAAGAUGGGAAAUUAAUAAAUAUCUCUUUAAAA